AUGAAUCUGGCCAACGGCAGCACCUUGGUGACCCAGUUCCUAUUGCUCGGUUUCCCCUCCCUGGGCCGGCAGAGCCGCGAGCUCCUCUGUGCCCUGCUCUCCUUGGCCUAUGCUGCCACGGUGGUGGGGAACUUCUGCAUCGUGUGGGCCGUGCUGCGGGACCCCCGCCUCCAGCGUCUGCCCAUGUACAUCCUGCUGGGGAAUUUCUCCUGGCUGGAGAUCUGCUACGUCACUGUCACCGCGCCCCGGAUGCUCUACGAUCUGCUGCACCCCGGCCUCCGCAUCUCCUUCCAUGCCUGCUUCCUGCAGUUCUACUUCUUUUUUGCCACGGGGGGCACCGAAUGUCUCCUCCUUGCGGCCAUGGCCCUGGACCGGUACCUGGCCAUCUGCCACCCCCUGCGCUACCCCGUCCUCAUGUCCCCCCGCCGAUGCUGGACCAUGGUCGCCUCGUGCUGGCUCUACAGCUUCCUGUGGUACAUAGCCCCCAUCGUCCUCAUCUCCCAGCUCUCCUUCUGCAGCACCUACACCCUGGACCAUUUUCUUUGUGACCCAGGCCCGUUACUGGCGGUCUCCUGCUCCCCAGAUCACUGGGCUGGUCAGAUCUGCUCUAGCAUGACCUCCUUCACGCUAUUCACCACCUUCCUCUUCAUCCUGGCCUCCUACGGGCUCAUCCUCACAGCUGUUCUAAGGCUGCCUGCAGGGGCUGGGCGACAAAAGGCCUUCUCCACCUGCACCUCCCAUCUGGUCAUCGUGAGCCUCUUCUAUGGCUCUGUCAUAGUGAACUAUGCCAUCCCUAUGGCUUCUGGCGGCAGCGGGAAGGUGGUGACGCUGUUCUACACGGUGGCAACCCCGCUGCUCAACCCGCUGAUCUACAGCCUGAGGAACAAGGAGAUGAAGAAGGCUCUGAGGAGGACUCUGCUGGGGGAGCGGUAG